CAGGCUGGCGUCCCGGCGGGGCUGGGCGCCCGGGGAACGACAGGCUCGAGGAGGACACGCUUGGCGAGUCCUGUGAGGAAGACGCUGUCAGUUGCGCCGCGGCCGGAGCGCUGGAGCCGGGCUCUGAGCUCUCCCCGCAGGGAACUUCAUGAACAGAAAUCCAGGUGAAGCUGGUAGAAAUAUUGGAGCCACCGCGGUGUGAAUGGGUUUGAGUUGGAAGUCAUCCCCUGUGGAACGUUUUACCUUGGACUUGCUGGGUUGCAGCUGCUGACCUAAUGAGACUCCCCUGAAGAAGACUAGGCCUCCUGCUGUCUCCAGGACACCAUGAAUGCCAUUGUCGCUCUCUGUCACUUCUGUGAGCUCCACGGCCCCCGCACUCUCUUUUGCACGGAAGUUCUGCACGCCCCGCUUCCUCAGGGGGCUGGGAAUGGGGACAGCCCUGGCCAGGGGGAGCAGGCCGAGGAGGAGGAAGGUGGCAUUCAAAUGAGCAGUCGGAUCCGCGCUCACAGUCCCGCGGAAGGGGCCAGCGCAGAGUCCAGCAGCCCAGGACCCAAAAAGUCAGACAUGUGUGAGGGCUGCCGGUCCCUUGCUGCCGGACAUCCUGGGUAUAUCAGCCAUGAUAAAGAGACCUCGAUUAAAUAUGUCAGUCACCAGCACCCCAACCACCCCCAGCUCUUCAGCAUUGUCCGCCAGGCCUGCGUGCGGAGCCUGAGCUGUGAGGUCUGCCCUGGCCGGGAAGGCCCCAUCUUCUUUGGGGACGAGCAGCAUGGUUUCGUGUUCAGCCACACUUUCUUCAUCAAGGACAGCCUGGCCAGGGGCUUCCAGCGCUGGUACAGCAUCAUCGCCAUCAUGAUGGACCGGAUUUACCUCAUCAACUCCUGGCCCUUCCUGCUUGGGAAGAUCCGAGGGAUCAUUGAUGAGCUGCAGGGCAAGGCGCUCAAGGUGUUUGAGGCAGAGCAGUUUGGCUGCCCACAGCGCGCCCAGAGGAUGAACACGGCCUUCACGCCCUUCCUGCACCAGCGCAACGGCAACGCGGCCCGUUCGCUGACAUCCCUGACAAGCGAUGACAACUUGUGGGCAUGCCUUCACACCUCCUUUGCUUGGCUCCUGAAGGCGUGCGGCAGCCGGCUGACUGAGAAGCUCCUAGAGGGCGCGCCCACUGAGGAUACCUUGGUCCAGAUGGAGAAGCUUGCAGACUUGGAAGAGGAAUCUGAAAGCUGGGACAACUCUGAGGCUGAAGAGGAGGAGAAAGCCCCUGUCCUGUCAGAGGGUGCUGAAGGGCGGGAGCUGACCAAGUGCCCGACAGAUUCGUCCUUGCUCUCGGACUGUGGAAACUGGCAGCCCCGGAAGUUGUCCGUCUUUAAGUCCCUUCGGCAUAUGAGGCAGGUUCUGGGUGCCCAGUCUUUUCGCAUGUUGGCCUGGCAUGUUCUCAUGGGGAAUCAAGUGAUAUGGAAAAGCAGAGACGCAGACCUUGUCCAGUCAGCUUUUGAGGUUCUUCGGACGAUGCUGCCAGUGGGCUGUGUCCGCGUCAUCCCUUAUAGCAACCAGUACGAGGAGGCCUACCGCUGCAACUUCCUGGGGCUCAGCCCUCACGUGCAGAUCCCCGCCCACGUGCUGUCCUCAGAGUUCGCUGUCGUCGUCGAGGCCCACACAGCCCCCCGGUCUGGCCUCCACCCAGCUGGCUGCGAGGGGGACCAGUCCCUCAGCAAGUACGAGUUUGUUGUGACCAGUGGAAGUCCCGUAGCUGCGGACCGAGUUGGCCCCACCAUCCUGAAUAAGAUGGAAGCCGCUUUGACCAACCAGAACCUGUCUGUGGGCGUGGUGGACCAGUGCCUUGUCUGCCUCAAGGAGGAGUGGAUGAACAAAGUGAAGGUCCUUUUCAAAUUCACCAAGGUGGACAGUCGACCCAAAGAGGAUACGCAGAAGCUCCUGACUAUUCUCGGAGCAUCUGAGGAAGACAAUGUCAAGCUGCUUAAGUUCUGGAUGACGGGCCUGAGCAAAACCUACAAGUCGCACCUCAUGUCCACAGUCCGCAGCCCCACAGCCUCAGAGCCUCGUAAUUGACCCCACGGUGCGAAUCUGAUCCCAUGUUCACCUUCGGAGAAGUGCUGAUGGCCAUCUUUGCCGCUGAGCUCACGGACGGGUCUCUGAUGGCAGUCACAGACUGCUUUCGUCUCUGAACUGCCGGCAUGGAGCCCUUUCCUAGCGAGCAAUGGAAACUUUGGGGGCCAGACUUUGCCCUCUGUGUGGGAUUAGGACCUGGUAUAGUUUUCGGCACCCUUCCAGAAGCUAUUUGAAUUGUUCUAACCCUGAAAGGGGCUGUGGGAAACGUGGGACAGUGGGUCCCUUGUGUUUGAGCACCCUGAGAGAGAAGACUGAGGAGAACAUGCAUCUUACGGCUCUCAAGGAUUUAGAUCUCAAAAUUUACAGGGAAACAUGCCAGGCCAGUCCCAACCUGGGUAUUUUGGUCGCAGUAACAAACCUCUCAAGGUUCAUGUUUGAAUCUUUCUAUUCUGAAAUUCAAGACUUUUCCAGGUUUUAUAAUAUGAAUGCGUGUAUGUUUUGCUGCAGUUGUGAAUUUUCAUGUAGUCAUUGUUAGCAGUCUGGUUUUGAGCUGGGGUGGCUUCUGGGGUGGAGUAGAUGCUGCCUCAUCUUUGGGAUUCAUGUUCUGGAACCAUGUGACUACGAAGUCUUCUGGCCAUGCUCUCCUGUGGUUGCUUUGACAUUUCCCUGUGGCUUGCAGACAGGCCCCUGAUCCUUUUUACACAAAGAUGAUACUUUGCUGAAAUGUCAGAUGGAGCCAUUUGACUUCCUGACUCACUGGACGUGAAGUUUAGAAACCAACUGUAGUUUUAUUCCAAGUCACUUUGCCCUUUAUUGCUUCUUUAAACAUUUAGAUUUGGCUACAGGUAACAAUUUUCAGAGUAUGGUGACUUAAGAUAGUUUAAUCAUCCCAAUGUGCACUUUUAAUAAGGAUUCAUGGCUUGGAGGGAUUUUUCCAGCAAUUUUGCUGAUUUGUUUAUAAUUUGUGUGUGUGUGUGUGUGUGUGUAUUUGCUUAACUUAUAUUUAACAUGGAAACUAAGUUUAUAUGACUGGGUAUCUAUCAUGCAGGAACAUUGAAACACAAUAAAGAUGUAUUUUUAUAAA